AGAAACUGUGACAUUACAGUGUUUUCAACGGCUACGUCCGGUCAUACUGCAAUAACCGCUGAACUGGUUGUAAACAGCUCCCUGGUUUGCUGAUUCAGACUGUAAUUUUAUACCCACAUGUUCAUUGCAGACAAAGAUGUCAGAAACAUCCAGUGAUGCAGAGUCAUCUUGUGGCUGGAGCAUUAUUAGUAAUGAGGGUUCAGAUAUUGAGACUUUGGGGCAAGAGGCUACUGCUGAAUUUGGAGCUGAGCUGUUAGAGCGCCCCUCACUGGAAGAACCAGAGCAGCUGGACUCACAGACUUCAGCACCUGCUUUUGAGGAGACUGCUCAAUCCCUCGAUGACACACUGGAAGAACAGGCGGGAGAUAAAACACUGUACUCUCUGGACACAAAAGCACCUGAAAAUGAUGUGGAAGGCGAUUCUGCAGGGAAGGAGCCUGUGCUAUCCUCCAGUGAUCUUUCUGACAUCGUAACACUGGGAGAUGUGAAGGAGGACGAGCACACCGAGGAGGAAGCAGCCGCCCCCGCAGAGCUUUACCUCGGCACGUCCUGCAGCAGCCACUACGCCUUCACUUCUUCAGCUGCAGAGACUGAUGUUUUGUUCAGUCAGUGGAAGUUCCCGCAGAGUUUGAUGAACUUAAGCUUUCGUCUGAGAAGUCGUUUCUCUGGAGGGCGUUCUCCUACAGUUUUUCCAGCGCAGCACCCAACAGUGACUAACUCCAGCAGCAGUGAAGACGAGGCUGAGCGAAGCUCCGGUGCUCUGAUAAGAAGACGAAGGGUGAGGAAAAACACAGCGGGCGUAACAGACCCAGAGGAGGAGGAACAAGAGGCGGUCGUGCCGGCAUCACGGUCAGCUGAGGAGAAGGUCAAGACCCCAGACGUGGAAGAACAAGAGCGUGAAGAAGAGCAGCAGGAGGCUGAACCGACUGCUGCUGCUGUAAAGGGUCCAGGUCAGAGCUGGGACGGCAGCAUCCUCAACAAAUGUAUCCUGCUUGCCCUCAUCAUAGCCAUCAGCAUGGGCUUUGGCCACUUUCAUGGUACGUCCCAAAUCCAGGAAAGGCAAAAACAUAUGGAUAAAUCCCGAGUGAAUGAGCUUGACAGUGUGAGAGAUCUGAUUCAGCAACAUGCCAGAGAUCAAGGUUCCCCAAACCAGAUGAUUGGGUCUGAACACGACCGCCUGGAUGAGAAACAAAUCAUGCUGCUGCUCACAGAAGUGAUUGAGAAAGUAAAGAAACAGAACCAGGAACUCGUCAGUAAACAGGCAGACGCUCAGGCUAAGAACGAUGAACUGGAAUUGUUGCUGCAACAGGCAGCAGAGGACAACCAGCAGCUAAAGAUCUUGCUUCAAGAUGGGGAAAGGUCUUUGUUCAUCUUACAGGAGGAGAUGGGAAACCUGCGCUCCAAGGUCAGGGAUCUGGAAGCAGUGGGAGCUGCAGCUGACACUCUCCUGCUGGAAAACCAGAGCCUGAAAGAGCAACUGGAGGACGAAAAGCAGCUGCUUGUUGACGUCCAGAUCCAGAACGGAGACAUGGAAGCUGAAGCUCAGAUGCUGAGAUUAAAGUUUGACAAAGAGAGCAGGCUUACAGCGGAGCUCAGGAGAGAGUUGAAUCAUCUGAGGGGUCUCGUCCCUGAAGCUGGAAAGGAAGCGGGUGCAGAAGUAGAAGAGCUGCAGUCUCACCUGGUGGAGCUGGAGAAGAAGCUCGGCUUCGAGCAGCAGCGCUCGGAUCUGUUCGAGAGGCUUUAUGUGGAAACCAAAGAAGAAAGAUCUAAGGGAGACAGAGAGUCUAAACAGAGAAAAACAAAGCAGGGUAUGGCAAGGAAAGUGAAGGAGACCUUUGAUGCUGUAAAAAACUCCACCAAGGAAUUUGUCCACCACCACAAGGAGCAGAUCAAGAAAGCUAAAGAGGCUGUAAAAGAGAAUUUAAGGAAGUUUUCUGAUUCUGUCAAAUCAACCUUCCGACAUUUCAAGGAUUCAGCAUCAACGUUCCUCAACAAAGCUCGAGGUUUUUAUAAGAAAAAUGAGGAAAAGAGUUCCGAGGAGUCUUGGGAGCACAGAUCCCACAGUUAUCCACACAGAGCCAAAUCAGACUUUUUUCAAAACACCCGAAAGUCCACCUGGAAAGCACAUGAAGAUCAAACGAGUAGCAGUCAUCAGGGCAGGAUGAAAGGAUGCAGUGGGGUCUUUGACUGUGCCUACCAGGAGUCCAUGAGCCUGUUCAAUAAAGCCACAGAGCCCAUCAGGGCAGAUGAAUUUCAGCAGCUGCUCCGCAGCUACCUGCAGCAGGAGGUGGACCAUUUCCACCACUGGAAGGAGCUGGACGCAUUCUUAGGCAACUUUUUCCACAACGGGCUGUUCAUCCAUGAUCAGAUGCUGUUCACAGACUUUGUGACUGAAGUUGAAGACUAUCUGACAGACAUGCAAGAGCAUUACAGUCUGGAUGGUGACGUGUUUGGAGAUCUUGAUGACUUCAUCUACAGGCACUUCUUCAGAGAAACAUACGCAAAGAGGUUUAGCGCGCGCGGGCCAUUUGAAAGACCCAGUGCAGACACAAAAGAGGAGCUGAGGGCGAGACGCCAACAGCGGAAGCAGCACAAAGCCAGACAUCGGCAGCACCAAGGGCGCAAAUGUAGGAGAGCAGGACAGAGAAGCACAGACCCGCACCUGACUGACGUCAAAAUAGAGCUGGGCCCAAUGCCGUUUGACCCCAAAUACUGACAACAUCUCAGCCAGUUUUAACAUCGGAGCUGUAAAUCUUUAGGGGCUGUACCCAAAUUUAAAGUCACUUUUUUUGUGUAAUGUUGCACAGGCGUAUGCUACUGGCUGUUCACGAAAGGUGUAGAGUUUUAGAUGCCAACUGAAGUUGUGAGAGACCUCACAAACCUUUAUGAAAAAGUCUGUUAGAGAAACAACCUCUCUAAAAACAUUCAUUGUGAUUCACUUUAAGAAUUACAGACAUUUGGAAUCUAGUUAGUGCCAUGUUUACAAAGGGUAAAAUCCAAGAAAGCACCUUGACAUGAAUCCACCUUUAAAGUGGCUCUGUGUAUAUUGUGUGUUUUGCUUUAACUUUCUGUAGUAAAAAUAGUUUAAAUGAGCUGGCUGCGGAUGCAGAUCUCUGAUCAGAUGCUGCUUAUAUCAUUCCACCUGAAGAUGCUUUCACUGAAGCUUGUAAUUUUAUUUCCCUUUUAUUGGCACAGCAAUGAUGAUGAAACUGGAAAAACAUCACAGCUCGUCUGUUUUUUUCUUUUUUGGUUCUUAAUUUGACACGGACUAAAACAAGAAAUAACAGUUAAAAUAUUUAUUUCAGCUGCAAAUUGAUAACAUGUUGUUUAGAGUUUUAAUUGUUCCAGUGUUUUUCAGUGCCUUUCAUAAAUAAAGAUGCUUCCUCCAACCUUUC